AUGGCCACAUUUAUCAGGGUUACCAUUACUACCAUCACAUUCACGGCAAACGCCAACACAUUUCUUAAUGAACACCAAAACAGGUGGUACAGCACAGGAGUCUUCUAUAUUGCACAGACUAUAGUGGAUUUAAUACCGACUCUAAUAGAGGCGACAGUCUGUGCCCUAUUGUCCUUCUAUAUGAACGGACCAUUCAAUGAAACGGAUCGUCUAAUGAGUUAUGUGCAGACAUUCAUAUUGGGUAUGAUAUCAGCGCAAAGUCUGGGAUAUGUUUCCGGAGCUAUGUUUGUCAGACGCGAAGUACUGGCGAUGGAGGUGUCGAUCGUAUUAUUCAUGGUUAACAUUAUGUUCAGCAAUGCAUUCAUGAGAAUCGAUGACUUACCCCAAUGGCUGCAACCACUGGUCUCGACUGAUGACCAGAAUAUCAAAAGUAGGCAGAGAUUUGAAGCAAUUAAGGACCAGAAAAAUGGUUUCUUAAGAAACAAACUGUGCAUCGCAUGGACUGAUCUGACACUUAAGGUAUCUGGUAAUUGGUUUACGGAUGAGAAAGUUAUCCUCAAUGGUAUUAACGGAUACUUUGAAUUCGGAUCACUUAAUGCACUGAUGGGUCCGUCCGGUGCGGGAAAGACAACUCUAUUGAAGUGCAUUUUCGGCCGAAAUCGGGCUAAACUGUCAGAUGAGACGCGAAUAUAUUUAAGUAAAUCCAAGCGAAUCCGGACCUGUUUUGUGAGUCAAGACGUUAGCGAACAUCUUCUCAAUGGUCUGACAGCAAAGGAGGCACUAAUUUAUGCCUCAAAACUCAAGAAUACUUACGACGAUAUCGACCAUGAAUUACAUGUCACUAAACUGAUGAAUGAUCUGCUAAUCAGUGACAUCGCAGACAACUAUUGCGAAGACUGUAGUGGAGGGCAACAGAAGCGAUUGGUUUUGGCCAUGGAGUUGACGGCAAAUAUAAUGCCUAAUCUUAUUUGCAUUGAUGAGCCGACCAGUGGUCUCGACAGCAACUCAUCCGAAGUGGUCAUUGAAUGUUUGAAGUAUAUAAGCCGAAAGCACAACAUAGCGAUUGUAACGUCCAUACAUCAGCCAAACUCUGAUAUACUGGUGCUCUUUGACAAGUUGUAUGUGUUAUGCAAAGGAGGCAAAUGUGUAUAUUCUGGUCGACCUCAGGAUCUGGAAACGCAUCUGAAUGGAUGUGGUAUUACUGUCAAUGAAUAUCAAGUUGCGAUCGAAGUUAUCAUAAAAUUGUCUUCAAAUGACUAUUUAUGUGACGAACAAGUGAUGAGACUUUUGGACAAAACGAGUCAACAGAAAGAGACAAUCGCUGUGCGCUGUAAGGAUGAGACCAAUUACUAUCCCAAAGGAAUUAAUAAGAUUAGCAAACGAUUUAAUUUCAUUGACUUCCGCACACUCGUGUCGAGGACCUGGCUAUACAUCAGUCGUUUCUAUUGGAAGAUUCUGUUAGUAGAGUUAGCAUUCGUCACAUUCAUCGCCGUUUGUUUGAAACUCAAUCAAAUGCCGCAAAUGAUUGAAGGGAACGGUUGUAUCAGUUUUGACGAUGACUUCGCCAAUCAGUGCAACAAAACUGAUGCCAAACUGGAGGAGGAGAGACUUCAGACACAGAAUAUUAUCUAUCAUUUACUGAUUUUCAUUUUCUUUAGCUGGUACAGCACCGGUACUUAUUAUUGGACUAAGACAUUGGCUGAUUUAGCCCCGACACUUAUCAUUGUCACAAUUUACGCCUAUUUGACCGAAGCCUAUAAUAACGAUCAGUUAUUACCACUGGUAGUCAUAUUGACCAUCGUGUCAAUAGUAUUACAAAGUACGGGACACCUAAUAGCCGUCCUAUUCAGCGGUACUCCAACUCUGGCCGCACUCAUAGCCUGUUAUUGCUUUGUGGCUCAACUCCUGUUCUCAAACUUUUUUAUAUUCACGAAGAAUCUUCACUAUUCACUGCAAUUAGUGAGCAAUUUAUCGGUCAUGAAAUUGGCGUUUGAGUCGACCGUCGUCUGGAUCUAUGGUUUCGAUGUCUGCACUGACAGAGAGUUCUCGUCUCCGCUCUACUUAAUCUUCACUAUUCACUGCAAUUAG